AUGGUUCAUCAAAAGCACAGACACAACGUCCGAAGCCAGGCCACGGCCAAGCGACAGGAGCCUGAGAUCGUGUUUAAGACCCUGGCUCCCACCUUCGAUGGCCCCAUCGGUGGUUUUAUGACCGAGGGUAUGCCAGCACUGGGGUCUCCUGCACGACCUACAGAGCCACCAGAGCGACGCCCUCCCAGAAAACCCACCAAGGAAGCAUCACCUCCCAAACCUGCACCGGAACCAACAACUGCGGCAAAGCCAGUUACAAAGGCCAUGCCGAAAGCAACCGAUUCCAUCCCUAGUACGUUGGCAAAAUCAGUCUCCAACUCUUCGUCUUCAAGCAGUCUCCCUUCAGCCACCGGUUUGGAUAAGCUGAGGGAAACCAGUUCACCCUCCCCAACUGUGGGCGCUUCUUCUUUGGCGCCAUCCUCGUCGUCCAAUGAAUCAGGAAGAGGCAUGUCAGGGGGUGCAAAGGCAGGGUUGGCAAUAGGAAUCCUCCUCAUUGUUGCAUUGCUUGCGGGUGUCGCUUUGUUUUUCAUUCACAAGAAGAAGAAGCGAGAUCAGGCAUUGGCCCAAGUUGACAAUGAAAAAUCGUACAAUGAAAAGCCGUUCGUCGCAGCUAACGCAGCGGCUGCUCCUCGUCCUAUUGACGAGGAUCCUCUGCCCCUGACGCGGACAAUGACCACUCCAACUCCACCGCAGCUCAACAUUAGACCCGUUACAGAGUUUUCGCCAGAUUUUGCUCCACCUGCCCUGACUGCCCCAGCAGGAAAUGCAUUUGGAGCCACUCUUACUGCUGGCGCUGUUCCAGCACGCAAUCUUACUGGCGAGAAACCAUCACCUCCGCCAAAGACGCCUCCCAAUGAUCCCUUCACAGAUCCAGUCAAUCCAUUCGAUAGCCCUACACCUGUAUCCGUCCCAGCAACCCCUCUAACUCCAGCUGCUCCUAGGCGCGCAGAUGCCGGCACGCUUUCUCCGGCCAUUUCCGGUGCGCGUACACCCUCACCCGAGAUGGGAAUUGCUGCGACUGGCAUUGCUACUGCUGCGGGCACAGUUGGUGUUGUUGCUGUUCGUCGUACCUUAACUAGCGAUAAAUCGCAGGGAUCCCCCAAGAACACUGCGAGUCCUGCAGGAGAUGGACUCCCAACCAAUUCUGCCAUGGGUAUGGGCUCUACCCCAGCUGGAGUUGCUGGAGCAGGUCCUGGUGCUGCGCCUACUGGUGCUCCCAAUGUUUAUCGGGUGCAACUUGACUUUGCUCCUUCCAUGGAAGAUGAGCUAGAACUGAAAGCUGGGCAGCUUGUGCGUCUCAUUCAUGAAUAUGAUGACGGCUGGGCACUCUGCGUCCGCCUCGAUCGCUCUAGCCAAGGUGUCGUUCCACGAACGUGCCUCUCAUCCCGUCCCGUCCGACCCCGCCCACGCAACGGAUCAAACGCACAUUCCGGUCCCCGCGGUCCACCACCACCAGGUAUGGUCGGACCCCCGGACGACCGUUCCAUGUCAAUAAGCAGCCAAGUAUCCUACAGCCCUCACCCAAGUCCCGUUCCCAUACCCAACCCGAACCCGUACCACAACCACACCUUCAACCAAAACGGCGCACCCUCCCCACGCUUCCAGGCCCCACAACAGGGCCGUCCAGCGUCACCCGCCGGUAGUUACCGUACAUUCCCUCCCCAGCAGCAACCAGGCCACCCGUUAUCGCCUGUGCAGUUCCCUCAGGUUCCCCGCUCCCUAUCUCCAGGACCAGGAGGACGGAUUCCCCAACCACGCUCGAUGAGUCCUGGUCCUGGUGCCUACAGACCAGGGCCCGCUGCGCAAAUCCCCCAACAACGUUCAAUUAGUCCUGGCCCGCGUGGACAAAUCCCGCAACCGCGCUCGAUGAGUCCCGGUCCUGGCUCCUAUGGUCCUGGACAUGGACCCGUUAGCAGAAUCCCACAACCACGCUCGAUGAGUCCCGGUCCUUACGGGCCUGGUGGAAUGCAGAAGCCCCCUACGUCUGCAGCCGGCGCUAGAAGAAGGAGUUAUAGUACCAGUGCAGCUAUGGCGGCCAACAAUAACAGCAAUGCUAGUAAUGGCCCGCAGACGCAAGCUUUGCCACUGGUGGGGUCGCCGCUUCAGCAGGAGCACCAUCCAGGACAGCAGCCACAACCACAGGUACAGGCAGAGACACCAAAACCACCAAAGACUCCGCCCAUCACCACAGGUCCUAUUGAGCGAAAGCCAGUUCCUAGUCAAUCACAGCCACCACCAGCAGCAGCAGCAGCGCCACAACAAUCAUAA